UAUGAAAAAGCAUGGCAUGGCGGUCAGUGUCAGGACCUGAGGUGGUGUGGUUGCACGAUGGAUCAAUGGAUCCAUCCUUUGUUGUCCUGUUCGAGGAGUCCACCCUGGCGCUUCUGGUGGCACAGCCUGAAAGCUGCUUCUAGCAGCUCCCUCUGUCGAGGCUCUGAUCUCAAUGCCACGGCGAUUGCUUUCCACUAUGCCAUGGACUUCGUUCGGAUCUUUCUGCCGCAAGUCUCCUACAUUUUCCAGCACCAGGCAGUCUUCUUCGUACUUUGCGAGAAGCUGGAUGCCUUGUCCGCUGGCAACUGGGAGCAGCUGGGGCAGCAGGGUGUGCCGAUCCCUCACUUUGCUGAAGAGGUGAAGCAUCUCAGCAGCACAUCUCUGGGUACUCAGCUUCCCUGCCUCUUCGGCUGGGUAGCAGCCUUGCUCUGCGAGCUGCGGGUGCAGCAGGCUUUGUUCAUCAUGAAAGCAAACAGGCUCAAGCAUGGUGAAGCACCUAUUCCCAAGCGGCAGAAGAAAUUGGAACGUAUGCUGGCUUCGGAGGCUUCGCAGGAGGACGUUAUGAACGACCUCUAUGGCACAGAGCCUUGGCCCUUGCCGGAGCUGAAGAUUCCUAGCCUCGAGGGGCUCGCAGAUCCCAAAGACAUUUCUUUGGUAGAGACUUCAGGGCAUCGUGCGCUCACCUUACUCGACUCCUCUGGCUGGGCAAAGUUUUCAGAUCUUCUGGAGGCGUUACCUCCUGGGGAACUGGGUCCAGCAUUGGAUGCAUCUGCCCUGGUCAUGGCCUUGCAAUUUCAGGCACCUGCCAUGGCGCAGGGACAGGUGCCCCUGCGAUAUUUCAAGGUGUGGGCAGUGUCAGCGCAUCCUUCUUUGCUCCUAGAACCCAUCAGCCAGUGGCGCAAGAUCGCAGAUAUCACUGAGGUCGUCAUGAUGACGAUGCUCUCCACAUCUCACUGCACAGACGCCGAGAACGUGAGUCUGGUUUGCGAUGACGAGAUGCAAGAUAUGUUCCAUCAGCUGGGUACCAGAGAGGAUGGGCUUGGACACUUCCCUGUGGUGGAGAACUUCCACGAAUUCGUGGGGAACUUUUUGCAUCGUGCCAAAGACUUUCUACAGUCAGACCUGCUGCUGUGUGGGGAACCUGCUUUCCUUUGUUGGCUUCUCUACGAGUACAAGCCAGUGGUUGGCUAUUUGGGUAAUCCUCUGGGAGCAUAUCUGACGGCCAAGUGGCAGAUGCUGUUCUACGACUUCGUGGCCAAAACACCCCAGGCAUCGCUUCAACUGGUGUUUAUGUCACCGCCCAUUGCAGCACAAGCCUAUUGGCAGAUGGGUCGCAGAAUUCCAGUGAUGCGACCUGUGGCAGAUUAUCUGGGCGUUAGCUAUGCACCCGCAACUCUGGAUGUUCUCAUUACCAAGCAGGAUCCACCGUUCCUUGAAAUGAAGUGCUGCCCGUUGGAGGUCUACACGUUUUGGGACUUCCAGUGCAUUCUCAACGAAGGCGCCCAACUUUUGCCGGGGACCCAGGCAACUCCAGCGGAAACGCGCCCAGUGCGCUUUCGAUAUAUGUCGCAUUUGGAGGACAGAAGUUGGAAGGCAUGGUCAAGCUUCCGCGCAGCAGUGGUAUUGCCCUAUGAUGCGCAGACUCUGGUCUUCUACGAACUGUACAGCCUCGGCAUGCCGUUGUUGGUCCCGGAGGAGACGUUGCUGCCGCUGUUUUUCAUGCGGAGUUAUGGCUACGACGGAAGUGUGCAGCAUCAACGUCCAGGUUGGCAGUUGACGAGAUCCGGGGCAGCCUGGGGGCCCUGGCACCAGGCAUGGUCUUCCCUGGCGGAACUGUUCGGUUUUCUGCUUCCAUCCAGAGCUGAAAAGUUGUCCAGCACAAGUGCGGCCAUGCGACAGGCCUUGGAAAUGCGUGCCUGGCAAAUGGUCUUGACCAAGGAGAUGUGGAUUGAUUUCGGCAUGGUGCCACUGUGCCACAGCUGCGUUUUCCGUUAG